AUGGCUGCUAACAACUCAGUGACUGGUGAUGAUUUGUGGUACAUACAUGUCAGGUUCACUAUUCUGCAGGUCCUGCUGGUCUUUUUUAUUUCCACCAACCUUUUGCUGAUCAUAACCUUUUUUAAGAAGGAGUAUUUCUACACGACUGCACGCUACAUCUUAUUUGCUGUUGCAUUAUUGUCAGAUAGUUUUAUAUUAUUCUUAUCUAAUAUCCAGCUCAUCUUGCUCCAUUUUCGCUUUCCCAUUCAAGUCUGGUUAUGUAUCAUUAUCUCUGUUGUAGUAAUUCUGUAUCUUACAGUCACACCAGUUACUCUGACAGUAAUGACCCUGGAGCGCUAUGUGGCCAUUUGUAUGCCCCUGCGUCAUGGAGAGCUCUGCACCACACGCAAUACUAUGCAUUUUAUCCUCAUCAUUCAUGGCCUCAGCUCUGUGCCUUGUAUUCUUAUUCUCUCCACCAUCUUUGUAUCAGCAUCCCUUAGCUUCUACAAGCAAUAUCAAAUAUGUUUAGUGGAGUUAAUUUUAAUUCAUGUUUGGCAGCAUUAUUUUAGGGCUGGUUUAUAUCAAGUCCAGUUUUUGAUCAUGUGCAUCAUUGUUAUUUUCUCCUAUGUUAAAAUAAUGAAAGUGGCCAAAGCUGCAUCAGGAGAGGAUAAAAAGUCAACAAAGAAAGGGCUCAGAACAGUGCUUCUUCAUGGUUUUCAGCUGCUGCUCUGUCUCAUUCAGAUGUGGUGCCCCUUAAUAGAAUCUUCAUUACUUCAGAUUAAUGUUAGUUUAUACGUAAUUGUCAGGUACAUUAACUUUAUACUGUUUUAUCUUGCUCCAAGAUGUCUGAGUCCUCUCAUUUAUGGACUCAGAGAUGAAGUCUUUUUUCGUGCACUGAAACACUAUGCCUCUUUUGGUUUGCAUAAAAGAGAUAUUAUUUGACAAAUUAGAAUCACAGUUAUUCUCUGUCUCUGUGUAGUUGUUUAUCUAUGACAAGUGUGGAUGUUGCACUGGGCUUUAUUGACUGAUGCUCACAACAAUGAGCCAGCAGGCCUCUCUGUGUUUUCCCACAAAACCACAG